GUUUAAUGGAGGCACGGUAUGAAAGAUUGGACUUCGUGGCACGUGCGGCAUUAAAGCUUAUUAUGAAAUUCAGCGCACGUGCUUGGUUAGACGGAAACCGAGCCGAGUUAUUGCUGGACGCGAAUCCUUGGUGCUUCACAGCAGCGCUCGUCUUCGGGUGAUAACGCUGCGCGAAGUGGGCGGAUUUUAGGACCCGCGGGUGGAUUCCUGUUCGAAUAAUAAAAGUUGUGGGGAUCAGUUCGCUUGCCGACGCGAGACAAAAGCAGCCGGACUCCAUCAGAAAGUGUUCGUGGGUCACCCCCGCCCUCCCCGCCGGUGCUGUUCCGAACCUCUCCGCUGCGGCGGUGCAGCGGUGCAGCGACCAGACAAGCCGAGCGUAGCGAUCCCUCCGCCUGCUUCACUCAUACAUGUAAACAGACGCAGGGAAAGGGGGGCGCGUAGGCUGCCGUGUCCGUGUUUUCCGGAAGAGAGGGCGUGAAGCAUGGGACGCAGCUCCUGUCGGGAGCCGAUCCUGCCACACACCUAGAGCUCCGAAGCCCGUCGGGUCAUCCGCUGCCCAGCUCGGCUGUGAGGAGAGGCGCGGAGCAUCCUAACGGGACAUCCCUCCGGAUCCCCUCCGGUGGAGAGCUUCCAGGAUCCCGUUUGGAGGGGUUCAGCUGAGGACCGCAGGCUGGCCCAGGUCAUAUUGAUGCUGCUGGGUGCUUCUUGGUACACGAUCACCCCCCUCUGGACGCCAUGGCGAUGAGCAGUGACCCGGGCUGCGAGAGGCUGGACCCCAACUCCUCCAAACAGACGAGCAGUCUCACCGACAUCAUGGCCGCCAUGACGACGAAAGACCCCGAAGGCUCGUCCGCCAACGGCGUGAAGAACGGAAAGGCUCAGCAGGAGGGCAUUCAAGGCAAGAGGGUCCAGGUGCUGCGACCUCACCUGUCCGGCAGGAAGCUGUCCCUUCAGGAGAGGGGCACCUAUCUGUCGGCGGGGUCAGAGGGAGGUUACACACACAUCUCCCCUCGAGGGGCUCGCAGGCCCACGGUGGAGUCGAAACGGGUGUCCAUAUCAGACUCUCAGGAUUGUAUCCAGCUGAACCAGUAUAAGCUGAAGAGUGAGAUUGGAAAGGGUUCCUAUGGCGUGGUCAAGCUCGCCUACAACGAAGAUGACGACAAACAUUAUGCCAUGAAGGUGUUGUCCAAGAAGAGGUUAAUGAAGCAGUGUGGUUUUCCACGUCGCCCUCCCCCAAGAGGACCCAAGGCAGCCCAAGGAGAGCAGCCUAAAGUCUUAGGACCCUUGGAAAGAGUUUACCAAGAGAUUGCCAUUCUUAAAAAACUAGACCAUGUCAACAUUGUCAAGCUGGUGGAGGUGCUCGAUGAUCCGUCGGAGGACAACCUCUACAUGGUGUUUGAGCUGAUGCGUAAGGGUCCAGUGAUGGAGGUGCCAACAGAGACUCCUUUCUCAGAGGAGCAAGCACGGCAACACUUCAGAGACAUCAUCCUGGGCAUUGAGUACCUGCACUACCAGAAGAUCGUCCACCGGGACAUCAAGCCGUCCAACUUGUUACUAGGAGACGACGGCCAUGUGAAGAUAGCUGACUUCGGAGUGAGCAACCAGUUCGAGGGCAACGAUGCUCUGCUGUCGAGCACUGCAGGGACUCCUGCUUUCAUGGCGCCAGAGACUCUGUCAGAGAAGUGCAAGAGCUUCAGUGGGAAAGCGCUGGACGUGUGGGCCAUGGGAAUCACCCUGUACUGCUUUGUGUUUGGGAAGUGCCCAUUUAUUGACGAGUACAUAUUGGCUUUGCACAAUAAGAUAAAGACCAAGCCUGUGGAUUUUCCUGAAACACCAAACAUCUGCGAAGAGCUGCGGACGUUAAUCUUGCGGAUGCUGGACAAGAACCCGGACACCAGAAUGACCAUUCCUGAGCUCAAGAUGGACCAGUGGGUGACCCAGGGAGGCACUGACCCUCUGCCUUUGGAGGAGGAGCACUGCUCCAUGGUGGAGGUAACGGAGGAGGACAUCCAGAACUCUGUGAAGUUUGUCCCCAGCCUCUCCGCUGUGAUCUUGGUGAAAGCGAUGUUGAGGAAGCGCUCGUUCAGCAACCCCUUUGAGUGCCCGAGCAGGCGAGAGGAGAGAUCCAUGUCUGCACCUGGCAGCCUGCUCAUGGACUCGUGGCCCUUCAGGCCCUCUUUAAAACUGCACCCUUCACGCAGAAAGAGCAGCGCGGGGGACGGGCCCAGAGAAGGAGAGCUGGAGGACCUCCACGAAGACGAGCCUUUCUCUUGAGGCACGACGGGAAGCCGAGCUUUCUGCUUUGACCACUGUGCGCUCCACGCCUUCACCCAGCUCCAAUCAGUGCCACAGUAAACCGUGUAAAUAAAUGGAUCUAUAAAUGUGAAAUAUCGCUCGCAGAUGCUAACGCUAACUUGGCUUGAUUUUAGAAAAUUCUUCAUUUUCUUCUGUUCUUUCUGGAUUUCUGAGCUCAACAGCUUACAGGUGACACCGCUGACCCAGUGAGAACAGCUUUUUUUCUCACUGGGUCCACUUGGUUUGCACACUAAAGUAAAAAAAAAAAAGAAAAAAAAAAAAGGAGAUCUUUCUUUAUUUCCGUGCAUGUUCAUUAUCAGAUCAUCUACAGGAUCUACUCAACAGUUUCUCUCUGACUAGCCUGUUAACCACACUGGUUUGUCUCUUCAGUGAACUACAGGGCUUCUGACUGCUGAUCAGUCUUUUUAAUUUUAGAGGCUGAUUCCUUGUUCCUGUCGCAGCCCUUUUUUUCUCACACCGGUGCCGUCGGUAACGUUUACAAGGAAGGCAGUAUGAAAAGCCUCCGUGCUGCCUUCAUGGACCAGCUCUACGACAGACGUCGAGCAGAAAGGACGUUGGCUUUGCUAUGCAUGCACACAUUUUGAAUGGCACUGCCCCCUGCUGUCUGACAUCAAGUGACUCCAGUGUUGGCAGGUUAGUUCACGCUUCUGCUCCUACUCUGCGAUUAUCACUGCUGUCAAACACAAUCUCUGCUUUUAAUGUAAAUAACAGAGAGGACUUUUAAAAUGCGGCAUUCUGAACGGUGGAUAGAAACGGAGACGAGAACUCCUGGAGUGUUAUCAAAACUGUAAAUAUAUGAUACAUACAUAUAUGGAAAUUUGUGUUUUUGCUCAGGAUUUUUUUUUUCCACUGGACAUUUCAGUGAAGGGCAUUUUUUGUUUAACGUUAAUUAAAAAAAGGGAAGCAAGUCACCUUCAGGUUCAACAGUUUGUAUGCAAAUGGUUAAACGUGUGCCAGUUCAUUAGGAUUCUUUUUUAUAUUUGCUAAGAAAAAAAGAGAAACAAAAAAAUUAUCUGUACACGCAUCACCAUAUCAUUCUGAGGUUCAGAGAAAAAUAUGUUGCUUUGUCAUUUUCAAAAACUGUUCUCUUACUGAACUGCUUGGUUGACCUUUGAAAAAAAAAUGUCGUAAACCAUAACAGAGAGGGAUGAGUGAAGGUCGUGAGCUUUACGGCCUCAUAAAGCGUGACAGAAGAGGAAAUGCACAGAUUUUUUUAUAAGUAAAGUUCACAGUUACUCAGAACAGUUGGCACCGAUUCAGAAACCGACACUUGUAGUUUACUUGGUCUCUGCGGACUCAGCUGUACAGUAGGGAUGUCCUAAUCCAAUCCCUCGAUCGGCUCUGAGUCCCAAUCAAUUUUUAAAACACCUGCAUCAGUCCCAAACUAAAAUAAACCCCCAACUGCCCCCUGUGCUCAGUUGGGGGCUCAGGGGUUACAGCUGUCGGAGUCUUAUGCUGCAGCCCAAUGAAACGAGCAGCUGCAAUUUGCAAACCCAGUUUUUAAAGUUUUAUUUUAGUGCGAAAGGCUUAGUAACAAAUGAUAAAUAUUUACACAUCUUAGGUGAUUCUUUGUCAGAUGAUUUUAGUAGCCUUUCGGAACCAAGCUAAGCUCGCCGGAGCAGCAUAUUGAGACUGGGAUAGUAUUUCAGUCGCUGUGAAUUAAAACCGAUUCACAGUCAAUUUUUAAAUGACUCAUCAGUUUCUGGGACAAAAGAUCCAUAUUGAGGCAUCCCUCUUGCAUCGUUUGGGUAUUUCUUUCAUGUCACUGGACAGAUUCCAAGCAAUUUAGUAUAAGAAUAAAACUCUUUCCAGACCAGAUCCAUCUAAUAUCCAGUGCAGCCCUUCACGUUCCUCCAUCUUGACCUCAGAAAUCUGCAUUAAUGAAAACAGAGGACACACACUGUAAGUGAUUUCUGUAGUUUUAUGCUCAAGGGUUUACACAGAUUUUAAAGACACUCCAUUUUAUCACAAAGCGGGUAAUGGAGAAUGUAUAAUGCGUUUGCAGUUUUGACCUUUAAUUUGAGUUUGUGUGUCUGCUUGCAGGGUGUCCUCUAUAGAAGGGCUCUUGAAACCAAAAAGUGUGACCAGCUGUGAUGUAUUUGCUUGUAUUUAUUUGCUUUUAAGAUUCACAUCAUUCUUUUAUAUUUUGUACAUUUCUCUAAAUCUGCAGUAGUAUGUUUCUAUGCAGACAGCUGUGAAAUUGUCCACACAUUUUUGACUUGUUGCACGGCCAGAGAUCACUCAUGUUGCUUUCUCUUGAAUCUAUAUUUUAAUAGAACGGAAACACAGCUCACAUUGAAAUGAAAUGAUUGCACUUUGAAACACACAGCUUCGUCUACAGGCUGCCAUUUUAUACAGUUGCCAUUAUGUACAGUUUCCGAGCUGAUGGUUCACCUGUAAAAGACCAUAUUUACUGUGCUUUUUUCUGCGAUCAGUCUGCAUGUCGCAAUUAUGUCAUCUACUGUUUGAGAAAAUUUGGCAAACUGCUUUUUCUUUGUGUAAAAACAACGUAGAGCAAAAACACUGCAUUUUAACUGCUGUUUUUGAUGUAUAUGUUCAUAUUAGGGAAAAAGGUGAAUGUUGUAAAACAAGGGCAAACUUUUAUUUAUUUAUUUUUUUGUCUUUCCUGCUGAAAUGUCAAUUAAAACAGAGCAGGGUGCAGAGUACAGGAGCAGCCAGAGGGGGCAGCAUUGGGUUUGGGAUCUUCUUCUGUGAUUGAAUCCAAAUACAGCAUUUUUUUUAACAUGA